AUGUCGGGGGGGACAUCUCCCCCCAUUAUCAGCACGCCCGGUCCGUCCCGCAAGGGACGCCAAGCGAUGGCGGGAAUUUUCGCCCAUCGCUCCCAACCCACCGGCCCGGAAAUGGACUCCGGAAAGGACGACCGGCCCAGGCCUUCGGUCGCAGCCCAGGGGACUCCGAGGAUUCGUCCAGAGGAAACUUCGUCUCCCCCGUUGACGGAUCGCUCUGGACCCCCUCGGCCGCGAAAGAAGGUCAGAUCCGAGUCCGACCGAAGCAUUUCCGAAGCCCAGGACAAACGACCCCGAAUUGGACCCUCGUCCAAAUCAAUAAAUGAAGCCGAAGAGGAUGAGGACAGCGAGGAGACUUCCUACGAGACAACGGACUCAGAAUAUGAGUCCGAUGUAACUCAUUCUUCUCGCUCCUCUUCUUCCUCGAGUAAGGAGUCCCCCCCCACUCGCAAGCCCAUUCCCAGACCGAGGAUGUGUGUCGAGACGGCCGUGGCUGCAGCAGCUAAGCAGCUGCGUACGCCUCCUCGGUCUCCCUCUCCUCCAAUCUCACCCAUUCCAACAAUCCCGCGCAGAGGUGCCCCCAUUACAAGCUGCACAGUGGGCAACCUUGAAUCAACAAGGUACAUGGACCUCGAACAUUCCAAACCUACGACCGGUGCACCCGAGUCCCCGACCCCUUCAACUUCAUACGCUGCUAUGGCAGCCAAGCAAUUCGCUCCCACCAAAAAUACUCAAUGUAAUCCCCCUGCUCCAGGUAAGUCCGGUAACAGCGUGGUCCCCCGCCGCCAUCCCCCUAUUAUGGUCGAGGCGCUCCCCAAUUGGUCCCGCCAUAUGGCGGCCUUAAGGGAGCGCUUGGGGAGGGCCCCAUCUGUGCGUCCAUAUGGAACAGGGUUUCGAUUUCUGCCUGCGUCGGGAGAAGAAUAUAGGGUUGUCCAGGCCUAUCUCGUCGGGGUCUCCUCCACAGACAAUGCCAUUAAAUGGUAUUGUUACGCGUUGGAGGAGGAGAUCCCGGCGAGGGUGGCUAUUCGAGGACUGCCUGCCGACACCGACCCGACAGAAAUCGUUAACUCCCUGAAGGAGCUAGGGUUUCCGGCUCGCUACGCGCGGUGUAUACGGGCCAAGAGAGGGCGGCCAGGUUGCGUCUUUUACUUGAGGGAUGGCGUUCGAGCCGAGGACCUGCGCAGUGUCAUCGCUGCCAGGCCUUCGGACACGCCUCCAGCAACUGCCACCGAGCGGUCCGCUGCGUACGAUGUGCGGGAGGGCACGGAUGAUGGGGGUCACUAUUCCUCCCCCCGUACCGCCAGCGACGCGUGCCGUUCAAGCCCCUACCCCCGCUCCACGUAUCGCUCCACUCCCAUCUCGGAAGGGCAAGGGCAAGGGAAAGACAUCCCAAGCCCCUACUCUCCCUCCGGUUAA